AUGGUGUCAAGGACGCAACUCAGCAGCUGGGCCGGCCUGUGUCUGCACACAGCCCCCGAGCCAGCGGCCAGCCUGGACUCUCAGGGAGAGGGCUUAAUUGGCAGCGAGCUCCUGGCGGGCGACCAUUGUUCCACAGAAAGAGGCUUAGCCGCACAGCCCGCUACCGGGCGGAGCACGGGCCGAGGUCUGGAGAACUCCGAGGAGUCCCCUCCGCGUGCUGCCCAAGUGCGUCCUGCAUGCGCCAUGAGCACCGCCGUGUCCUGCCAAGAGCCCAGCUUUGUAGGGGGCCAACGCUACGACUGCCCCUAUUCCGUCCCGACGUCAGCCGAAAGUGUUGACGUUUCCAAGGAAACACUGGUCUCCUUUUGGGCGGCCGGUCCCCUGGACAACACAGUUUGCCUGCACGAGCCGUCUCAGCAGGAAACCGUCUAUAAUCUUGGCUAUGAAACUGAACCCACCUGGACUGACCACCUGUCACCGCAACUGCAGAGAAACAAGCAGCUGCAGGACACCCUACUGCAAAGAGAGGAAGAACUAGCAAGACUCCAGGAAGAAAACAACAAACUGAAAGAAUUCCUGAAUUCCUCUAUAGUGAAAUGUUUGGAGGACAAAACCAAGAAGUUACUCUCUGCUCAGAGGGGCACCGGAACAAGGAACAGGAAGCGGAUGCUGUUAGAAGAUGGAAAAUUCUCCCGGUUAAAUGCCAGCCAUCUGCUCCUUGGCACUCACGGCAAACGGACUUGCCGGAACCUCUCCCUGGAUUUCUGCUCGGCCGAGGAAUUGGCUGCCACCCCACCCAUGGACUCCUGGAUCCUGCAGACCCUGGGCCUGAAGGACGAGGAUACCAUUGACCCCUCUGCUGACUACAGCACCAUCAUUGCCUCUUCUGCUAACUACAGUUCCAGCAUUAACCCCUCUGCUAUCUAUACCUCCAGCACUGACUCCUCUUCCAACUACAGUUCGGACAUAGUCUCCCCUCCUAACUACAGCUCCAGCAUUGACUCCUCUUCCAUCUACAGCUCCAACAUCAACUCCAUUGAUAAUUACAGCUCCAGCAUCAGCUCCACUGCUAAUUACAGCUCCAACAUAAACUCAUCUUCCAACUCCAGCUCCAACAUCAACUGCUCUGCUAACUCCAGCUCCAACAUCAAUUCCACUGCUAAUUACAGCCCCAGCAUCAACUCUUCUGCUAACUCCAGCUCUAACAUCAGCUCCUCCACUAAUUACAGCUGCAACACCAGCUCCAGUUCUCCUGCCCCAUUGCCACUGUUUCCCUAUGCCACAGGGACAGGGCAACACCACACCCCAACACCACACUGCCUGGAAUCUAGUUCCACUCAACAGACAUUAGGGGGCAGCACUGUGCAUUACCCAACCCCUGGUACCCCGCGAGUUCGGACAGAGGUUGCCUUCAGCAUGUCCCUGGAACCCUGGAGCAGCGUGAGGACACACAGCUUCCCCCAGGGACAGGCUUUCGUCUGCAGGGACACAUGUGGGGGCUGGAACUUCACCUGGGUCCCCAAAGACACUGCCUAGAAGCUAGCACUCCCAAGCAUGCAUGUCCCCUAGCCAUACACUGCCAAACAAACAGGCCACUUACCUGCAGACACUGCCAAACAAACAAACUUAUGUCUAACCACACACAACAUACAUUAAUACAUAAAGACACACAAACAUAUACACGCACAUGGUGUCACUCUGAUAAACAUACACAGAAACAGAUAUACACUCACACUGAAAAACACAGACACCAGAACACGUAUACAAUAAUAAGUGAAAAAGAGAAAUACAUCUAAAUCUGUCUCUCAUUUCUAAAAACCAAUUACUAAUUUUAAAUACUAAUUUUUAAUAAUUUCAGUCUUAUCUGUAAGAAGCCUUACAUUUGCACUUGAUAGAGACAGAAUGAUUGACAGAAAGAAUCUAACAAACUGACACAGAA